GGAUCAGCCGCGAAGCUGGGGAACGCUGGAAAAGGAAUGCACGAAGUAUAUGUUGUAAUCGUAAGAGUGGGGAUAGACAGUUCAGAUUCCAUCGUUCCGAACGGCCGAGCGUAGGAAACGUUGGACAGUCGCUGGCGGCGCGUCCCGGGCGCUAGUCGCUACGAUGUUUUCUUGGUGCGUUCGUUUCAAUGGCCUCCCAGGGCUCAUCCUUGGCGCGCUCGCGUUCAUCCUCAUCUUGUACCCGUCUAGGGUCCAGUGCAAGGAUGACUUUGCCUCGCGGAUGCUCGACAUUACGGAAGAUAUGGACGAACAACUCAAGGAGAUAAUGACCUCCCAGGUCGUGACGUACUCGACGAUCAACAAGACAGGACUACCCUACAACGCCACCACCAAAUUCAACCCCAAGGGCAUGGGACAGCUGUACAAUGUGACGAAUAUGUUCAUCGAUUUCGUGCAGAGCAGGCAGGCCUACCCCGAGGGUAUGAUAACGCUCGAGAACGGACAACCAAAGCUUGCAGAUCCGGUGAAGGAAUGGAAAAUCAUCAUAACUCACUAUGGAGGACUGGCAGGACUUGCGUUGGCAGGAUUACUCCUGGCAGCGAUAUUACCCUGCGUGGGAUUGUUCUUCUGCUGCUGUAGAUGCGCAGGACACUGCGGCGCCAGGAGUCAGCCCUUCGACAAGAAGCACGAUCACUGUAGAAAAAUAAUGCUCAGCGUAGUACUGAUAGGCGUCGCAACAAUCAUACUCUUUGGGGUUGUCUGCGCCUUUGUCACUAAUGAAUACAUGCAGGACGGCACGGAAAAUCUGUCAGAUAACGUUGAGAUCAGCUUGAAGGACGUGAAUCUGUAUCUAACCACCACCAAGAGAGAAUUGGACUCGCUGUUAAUCAACAAUUUCAACGAGCUCGAGAUUACCCUGAACAAUAUUCUACAAUCUAGUGGGAAGAUCGUAGCCGAGCAGUUAGCCAAGUAUUCGCAUGCUGUGUCACUCACGCAUCUCAAUGACCUGGUGGAGCAUCUUCAAGACAUUUGUCUCGACCUCAAGACAAUGAAUAACAUCACCCAGGAACUGAGGACCAACGCUACUCAAUUGGAUAUUGACGUUCGAAGUGUCAAGAAGGAUUUGCUUUACACGUUGUCUGCCUGCUCGACCCAUUAUUGUAAGCAGGUCUUGCAGGAGUACAAGGUCAAUCAUAUGUCGGUUGAGGUGGACUUUGAUAAGUACAUGGAUCGUUACUUCCCAAAGCUUCAGGCCCUACCGGACGUGACGGUCGCACUGCGCAAGAUCACCUCCCUCAUGGACAGCAAUAUCGUCUCUGAGGUCAGUCAGGGUAGAGACUCCUUCCUGAAGAUCCAGGAAGACAUCCAGCACGCCGUAAAUCAAACGAUUCCAGUCGUUAGUGCCAGCAUCAGAAGAACCGGUGACUCUUUGGCAAAGACUGCCAAUAAUCUGACCGCAAUUCUUGAUGGAAUUAGUGAUAAUAUUAAUAAGAUUUAUAUUCCUCAUCUUCGUAUGGCUGGGGAUCAGAUAAAGCAGUACUCACCUUACAGAUAUUACUUAGGCCUCGGAAUUUCCAGCAUCCUGCUUACAGUCCUAAUGUGCUUAACGUUCGGUCUCCUUUGUGGUAUUUGUGGUAAGCGGCCGGAUGGCUACGGGGAUGACUGUUGCAACAAAGGAUCUGGUGCUCGAUUUCUUAUGAUGGCCGUCUGGAUCAUCUUUCUCUUAACAAGUAUUUUAAUGAUCGUGACUGUGGCUCACAUGAUGACAGGCGUCGUCGUUCAGCGAGGCAUAUGCGAGCCACUGAAGAAUCCCAAUGAUAACAGAAUGUUCCAGCUGGUCGAUGAUUUCGUAGAGAUCAAGGAUAAGCUGUACCCAAAGAUCCCUGAAGCGGAAAUCAAUAUGAGCUAUAUCGUGACGAUGUGCCAUGCAAACGAGACACUGUACAAGGUUCUUAGACUAGACUAUCUCAUUAACCUGGACAAUUUGCAUGUCGGACGUUACGACAUGAUGGAAACGAUUCAGCACUUGCAGCACAAGAUAAAUCUUUCACCAGGAGUCGUAAUCCUGAGCAGCAGCGCAAUAUCGAAACUUAAAGACUUGGCCGAGAGCGGUCUGAGCGAUAUUAAGUUUUACCAAUACGCGGAACACCUUCAGAACAACAUCACCAACAUCAAUCUGAGACUAUUGGCUAAUAAGCUGAUGGAAGUCUCCGCCAAGGUUCCUGCAAGCCAGGCAAAUAUUCGCGACAGUCUGAUCAAGAAUGCCGCAGACCUAGAGCGCAUCCACAAGGAAUUGGUCGUGCCCAUGACCACACUUAGUGGCAAGCUGAUCGAUAUAGCCCUGGUGCUGGAGGAACACAUUAAGUUCAAUCACAGUUCCAUGGCCACGGCCAUUGACGUACUAGUUGAUGAAGUCAUCAGAGCUCAGUCAUUCCUCAAUGUCGAUGGACCGAAAUACGUGCAAUUGCUGGCCACCAGGUUCGGUCAGAUCUUCCUGCAGCAGGUUGAGAACUUCCUGGACCUCCUGACUGCCAAUGCUAUUAAGAGCGUGGGAAAGUGCGCUCCGGUAUCAAACGCCUACAACGCCACGCUCGUUGCUGGUUGCAACAGAAUUCUGGAUCCAUUUAACGGUUUUUGGGCGAGCGUCGGCUGGUGUUUGGUCCUAUUCAUACCGACUAUAAUACUCUGUGUUAAACUCAGUGCACUGUAUCAAAAAUCAGAUCCUUACCCGGGGCCUCUAGUCGAAGCUGAAUAUUUGUAUGACGCGUAUGCCGACAGGGAUAACAUACCCCUUGCUCAUGUUCACGAUAAGAAAAGCGUCGCAUACAGCAGACACCAUCCCAGUGCAUACGUAGAGAGUUACGAUGGACCAGCGAGUGGCUGUGCAGAACGAGAAAGAAUUUCCGAAGCACAUCAAGGCACAUCUGAUCACGAAUCAAGAUACGCCGAUCUUGCACCCAAUUUUGAUUUUGUUUUUUCAGAAACUGGGAUUUCGCAAAUCUCGGACCACCCAGGUAUCAACCACCCACAGUCUCUCCAUUGAGCACGGAAUACGAACGACCUCCUCCGUAUUAUUAUCCUGGGCCCGGGGACAGGAAUUAGGAAUCAUGUACCGUGGCAUGCACGAAAGCGGCUCUGAGCAGCGCCGCGACGCACAGCCUCACGCGCAGUUAUAAGAGGACGCUGAGGAAAAAUAACAGACCUGGAGGGAAACGGGAUUACGUAUAAAUGCGUUGACGAGUGUUCCCAGGCGUGCCACGGACAAUUGUGAACACCAUGAAUAACUAGAGACCAAGCUAAAUAUAGACUGUGCUAUAGGAGUGUGACGUAUUCGUCAGCGACGUGUUUCCUCGUCCAAGCAGGAGAAGAGCGCAUUAUUUUAUUUAGUAUUUAAAUCGACGAGGAUCAUGAACCGUCGCGAUCGAUCACGCCGACGGGGAAGCCAUCGCCGAGGGAUUGGGGUGUGAUUUUAAGGAUUAAGAAUCUACGAGGGACAAACCAUCUUUCGCAUUUUAACGAAAGACAGACGAACGGCGUUCGCGUUCACGGGCGCCAUUGUUUAUCGAAGAUUCUUGUUUUGUCACUUGAUGUUAAUCAUUUUUUCCGGAUCGAUCAGCAAUUACAAUUGUCUUGGCUAAGGUCCUAUGUCUUUUUCUACGUUCAUCUACGCCAUUUUAUUGUUUGCUUUCGUGUUCACGUUGUACAGUUUUUCCGGAAGGCAGCGUCUCUGUCUUCGUUUUUUCGUACGACGAGUGCACUUCUUUCUUUUUUUUUUUUUUGGGAGGUGCAAACUUUCAGUUUACCUUGUCGACGAAAAUUACGAGGAUUAUCCUCUGCGCGAACUAUGCUCGGUGUUUUUUGAGUACUUUGAGCGCAUGAGAUUUCUCCUCUGACUUCCGGUUCUUCCUUACAUCGUCGUUGGCAUUUAGUUCCUAGUUUAUAAAUGAAACUGCAAUUUACGUCUCUAUACGAAGGACCAGUAUUAUUCAAUUUCAUUUCAUCUGCCUUUUUUUUUUGUUCUUUGAUAUUGAACAGCAGCAUGACGAAUCAUCCGAAAAUUCGAGUAAUCGCUCUGCUCGCAUUUAGAUUAGCACUUUUUUGAAAGAAUUUUGUAUAUCGUCAAUUCGAAUGGCUCGUAAAAGUAUUUUUGAAAAGAUCAAUCCUCGAACUAUCCAGAGCUAUAAAUUUGAUCUGCUAAUUAAAGCAAUCACGUACAUUACCGACAAGCGUAUUUGCGAAAGUGCGUGAUGCGACAAUUAUUUCUUUUUUUAUUAUCUACAAAUCACUUUACUUUCGGCCAUGCGUGCUCAUGCAUUUGUUAUAAAAAAAGAAACGAGCCCUCAUAACGAAAGAACGUUGAUUUGUCGUGUCAUGAGAAUUCAAAGAAUAAACGCGCCGUGGUAUUAACCACCAAAAUUACGUGGAACAUUUUACAAAACAAAAAAAAACAUUGGACAACGCCAUAUUUAAAUGCCAAACAACUUCUUCGCGCGUUUCGUACGAAUCGUCAAAGAUGGCGUCUCCUUUUUUUUCUGUUCCAACUCUAACGAAUCGUACGUAUCGUCGCAGCAGCAGAGCCUCGCUCCUCGAAAACUUCGAGAAUACAAAUUUUAUUUCGAAUAUUCGUAUAUAGCACUGUUUGUUUGCCCGGCGAAUUUUUUUACUCUCAUCGUGCGAAUCCUUUUGCACGAGGAUCUGUUCAUUUUUGUACGGUCCUGGAUGGACCUUGCCAGUUUUCGAUGAACGAGGCUGUAUAUAUAAAUACUCUAUGUAUAUGGUUCGCAUAAGUAGCCUUUUUAUUACUAUUACCUUUAUCUGUAAUUUAUCGAUGUAAGUUAUAAAAUAUCAAAAAGCCCGUUUUUACAUCACGCAGAUCGAUCCUUUCGUCUAUAAUAAAUUAAGUCAGCUCCACGUGAUGUAAAAACGACUCGCUUAGCGGCGAUAUCAGGCGUCGUCUUCUUAUCGCGAUUAUCUACAGCGAUUCUAAAAAGAAUACUUUUUAUCAAGUUCAGGAAAAAAAUUAUUCCUGUGAACUUUUACGACUCGUCGGUCUGAACUUCCGGUUUGACGAAAAGGAAUCGCUGUGUUUAUAGCGACGAAGACGCGGAGGAACGGUUAUCGAGGAAUCGAUCAGUGCCGUUCGAAAUGAUCUGGCAAUUUCUCUCGUAGUGUGUACAGAAUUUUUGAAAUGACAAACGAACAAAGAAAUAAUAUUACAAAUAAAUGACGUUAUACAGUAGAGUUACGCCGCCCAUGCUGUCAGCCCAAGGCAUUUCUUAGCUCGUCAGCAAAUUGCCAAAAAUGAAUGAGUAAAUGAGAUGAAAACAAAAAGAAAUGAGAUAGAAAAGUUAUUUGAGGAAGCACAUGUUUUUCGCUGUACUGUUCGGACUUGACAUUUGUGGAUUGUAUUUGUAGCAUCUUUUUUUUUUGGACAGAGAGAAGGAGAGACAGAGUGAUUUAUCUGCAUUUGAUUGUACGUGAAUGACGAUGAGUGUAAUUUGAGCGAAUGUGAGAGAGACACGUGCGUUUGAAAAAUUAUUAGAGCGAAAGAGAAGGUGCGAAUGAGACAGUAAAAACAGAGAUGAAAAGAGUGACGGUAAUUCUGAAAAUUUUCACUAUAUAUUAUUAUACUGUAUUUACACUGUAAGAUUCGUAGUUAAACUCGAUUUGAUUCUAGUGUAUUAUCGACAUUUAAAACGGAUAUCGUAUGUACGUGUACGCGAUUGGGGAUAAGAGCAGUGUUUUUUAAAACUUAGAGGAAAGAAAGAAAAAAGAAUCACAGAGUGUAAUCACCAAUAGGUGUGAAUAUGUGGAUUCUCUUUUUAUGUGUAAAAAAAAGAUGUCACUGAGAGACUCACGAGAGUUGAUUGACCGUCACGAAGGUAAGAGUUGGCGCCAAAUUUGAAUUUCACUGGCGGUAAAUUAAAAAAAAAGAGAGCCGAGAAUCUCGCCAGUAGAAACAUUUAAAAUGUGAGAUAAACUUGUCGUGUGUGGCUAUGAGAGAUUGCAAGUUUUUUCACUUAAAACACUUUUGGUGCUAUUUUUAUAUACAAAACUGAGAACGGGACGAAGUCGAGAUUUUUGGUCUUUUUUUUUUUUAAUCAUCUCUUAUCGAUUACUUCUGAACUUCGCGACAAGAUACUCCUCGAAACGUGUGUGGUAGACAUAAAUAAAUGAAUUAAGGAUAAGCAAGAAAGAAAUCUUUUCGAAGCUCUCUUUGGCUGUAUUGGUAAAAAUUAGAAAUACUAAUUAGGCCGCGAAUUAAGUGGCAGUCAUUUUUUCCCCUUUCUUGCGUUACCGUGUAAAAUACAAGAGAAUACUGAAAAGUUGUUAUGUCGAAUUAUACGAAGUUAGAUUCUUUUAUAUGUACGACUCUUCUGUCUGUCUGCUCAAUAAUUCGGUGAUGUGGAUA